AUGAGAGUAUUGCCGGCUACUUUGCUGGUUGGAGCUGCCUCUGCGGCCGUUCCACCUCUUCAGCAGGUGCUGGGUCGACCUGAGGAGGGCAUGAGCUUCUCCAAGCCACUCCAUGCCUUCCAAGAGCAGCUCAAGACUCUUUCAGAGGACGCUCGUAAACUCUGGGAUGAAGUUGCCAACUACUUCCCGGACAGCAUGGACCACAGCCCCAUCUUCUCUCUUCCCAAGAAGCACACCCGUCGUCCGGAUUCUCAUUGGGACCACAUUGUCCGUGGUUCUGAUGUCCAGAAGAUCUGGGUGAACAAUGCCGACGGAGAGAAGGAGAGAGAGAUUGAUGGAAAGCUUGAGGCUUACGAUCUCAGGAUCAAGAAAGCUGACCCGAGCGCUCUCGGUAUCGACCCGAAUGUGAAGCAAUACACUGGUUAUCUCGACGAUAACGGUAAUGACAAGCAUCUGUUCUACUGGUUCUUCGAAUCUCGCAAUGAUCCUAAGAACGACCCCGUCGUGCUCUGGCUGAAUGGUGGCCCCGGUUGCUCUUCCCUCACUGGUCUAUUUAUGGAGCUGGGACCUAGCAGCAUCGAUGAGAACAUUAAGCCCGUCUACAAUGACUUCUCGUGGAACUCUAACGCCUCCGUCAUUUUCCUUGAUCAGCCCGUGAACGUCGGCUAUUCCUACAGUGGCUCCGCUGUUAGCGACACUGUUGCUGCUGGCAAGGAUGUCUACGCUCUGCUCUCUCUUUUCUUCAAACAAUUCCCCGAAUAUGCGGAACAGGACUUCCAUAUUGCCGGCGAGUCCUACGCCGGGCAUUACAUUCCAGUCUUUGCAUCCGAGAUCUUGGCUCACAAGAACCGCAACAUCAACCUCAAGUCAGUCCUGAUCGGCAACGGUCUCACGGACGGCCUCACUCAGUACGGGUACUACCGCCCCAUGGGAUGUGGCGAGGGUGGCUACAAGGCUGUCCUCGAUGAGGCUACCUGCGAAUCUAUGGACAAUGCCCUACCCCGCUGUCGGUCCAUGAUCGAGUCUUGCUAUAAUUCUGAGAGCGCCUGGGUCUGUGUCCCUGCCUCGAUUUACUGCAAUAAUGCUCUUAUCGGACCUUACCAGCGCACCGGACAGAACGUCUACGAUGUUCGUAGCAAGUGUGAGGAUGAAAGCAACCUGUGCUACAAGGGUAUGGGUUACGUGAGUGAAUAUCUCAACAAGGCUGAGGUUCGCGAGGCCGUCGGAGCCGAAGUUGGUGGUUAUGACUCCUGCAACUUCGACAUCAACCGUAACUUCCUCUUCCACGGUGAUUGGAUGAAGCCCUACCACCGUCUUGUUCCCGGCCUUCUCGAGCAGAUCCCUGUGCUGAUCUACGCCGGUGAUGCUGACUACAUCUGCAACUGGCUCGGCAACAAGGCCUGGACCGAGGCUCUUGAAUGGCCUGGCCAGAAGGAGUACGCCUCGGCCGAACUGGAGGACCUUAAGAUCGAGCAGAACGAACACACCGGCAAGAAGAUCGGUCAGGUUAAGUCUCAUGGAAAUUUCACCUUCAUGCGUCUCUACGGUGGAGGUCACAUGGUUCCCAUGGACCAGCCCGAGGCUAGUCUGGAAUUCUUCAACCGCUGGUUGGGUGGUGAAUGGUUCUAG